AUGCCAUUUCUGUCUCGUGAUACGACCACACCGGUGUUGUUUUUCUCGAUCUUGUCCUUUGUGGUCCCGGCAAGGCCCGCCGCCGCCAAUGUCAUCGACCUACCCAGCGAGAUUGUCGCCUUUGUCCCAUCAUGUGCAUCAGCCUGCUUCUCGACGUUUGUCAACAACAACUUUCCACUGGGAAUCUGCGGCAAGGACCCGACGUUUCAAUGUUUGUGUGAACACGCGGGGACCAACGGAUUUACCGUGGGCGAGGGUGCGUUGGCCUGCAUCGCGUCCGAGGACAGCACCGGACGCUGCACCGGCACCGAUGUCUCAUUCCACCAAAACUGUAACGACGACAGUCGUUGGAAAUACGAAAGGGAGCACGGAAGGAAGCACCGCGAGUCACAUAGCAACCCGAACUACCUCAAAGCCAACCGCCUCUACAUCAACUCGAACGCCAACCACAUUGACGAGCAGUGCUACUCUGUCCACAGAGUCUCGCUUGUUAACUGCCCCGCCCCGUUCAAGCACGGCCAUGGUGACCUCGCCUCCUACAACAAGCAGUAA